CAGCGCUAGACCGUCACCCAACAGUUCAGGCCAGGCAUUUCACAGUAUCCCUUUUAUCAGCAGUACGAGGAGUUUCAUGCGUGGCAAACACAUCAAGUUCUACUGGUCUGUCUUGUUACACCUUCACACAGUGACGUGUUAAAGUUAACAAAGCAAGAGCUGCAGUAGUGUUGAUGCGAUCGUUUCAUCCAAGACGUUCAUAAGAGCCUACAUCCCUCAAAUCAGUGACCCUUCUGAGAUUAGAUCUGUUUUCUUGCCGGAGAGGAAUUCUCGGAACCAAGACGUACUACCUUGAAACGAUGAAGUGGAAAGGGUGUUUGCUGUUGGUGUUCUGCGCCAUUACAAAUAUUCAAGGAUGCAAUCGGGGAAGUUCGUCUACCACUACUACGACGCCCGCUCCCGUGGAAGAAGUUUUCGAAUCGGAAACAGUUUCUACGGUGUCGCGACCAGGUUCUGGAGGUGCCAGACAGCCGGGAGGCGGCCGUGGGAACUCCGUCACUGCGUCGCAGCUGAGGAUUCUGUCGGAGAACUUACUGAACUUGGACUCCGGAGGAGCGAUGAUCCCCAUCAAUGCCCAGGGCAAAGCUUCAUCCUCCAAUACCCAGGAUAUGGCUGCUGAACCACUCAUUGGUAGUGUCCCAGCAUCCGUCUUGAACUGGGAGACGACGCGACUGAUGCAGCAACUUCUCGAUAACUACGAACCUCAAGCCAGCAUCAGGGAAGUGAUCAAUAGCCAGGAGCAGAGCGAAGAGGACAAUUUCUUGAAUGCUCUUAUGGCAACUGCAGUUAUGCAAGAGGCGGAGAAAUUCCUUAAGGACAAAAGGCUGCUGUCUGGCUCAUUACGCUCGAAGCUGAAGGAGAUUUGGUUCACGCAAUACAAGCGCGCUGGCAGGAACAUCGGCUCCUCCGGAUUUGAACACGUGUUCGUCGGAGAGCUCAAGGGAGGGAAAGUGUCCGGCUUCCACAAUUGGCUGAAUUUCAGGAAGGAGGAGCAAGAUGGUGACCUCGACUACAAGGGAUACAUGAAAAGAGUCAGUCUCAAUGGCAAGGGGGAAAUCAUAAAACUCCGUUUCGUGUGGCUCAAUGAAGAGAAACCAGUGGGAUCGGUCUUCGUUGGAACGACGCCUGAACUGGAAAUAGCUCUCUACACUGUUUGCUUCAUUGUUAUGCCAGAUGCCAACUGUCCCGUUCAACUCGCUGGUCACAAGUUCGCUAUCCAGACCUGGACCUACGAUUCCAGGGGGAAGCCGGUCAUUGGCAGUGCUUAUCCAAACAUCUAAGAUAACGACUAAAGAUUUAUUGAAAUAGCUACAAAUAACGACCAUGUCAUUUUUCUUGAGAAUAAUAGUAAAAGGUUCUCUAACACUUGCACAACAUUAUCCAAGUGAUUGAAAAUCCUCACAAAACGACAAUUUGAACCAAACAUUAAUCAGUAGAGGGUCUGAAAAUCACAAGUGUGAGACUGAGGGUUCACUGGUCGAUUUAGGAUGCCCAUGCACCAUGGCAUCAGAGGUCACUGACGGACAUCAACAGUCAUGAAUUUUACUUUGUUAGGCUAUUCAGGUUAAAGAAAUCACCCUGUGAAGUAGAGGCAACGCCGGAAGAGGCAACAACAAUAAAAUGUAAACUAUUAGAAAUUGAAAAAAGGCAACAAUGACAGAUAACCAAUUUCUUAUGUAUAUCACGUCAACAAGAAAGAAGAAUGUUAUGUCACUUAUGUUAUCCUAGAGAGUAAGUAAUAAGUUCUUUUUGUAUGAUCUCUGUUGUACGAUUUUUUUUUAGAAAUAUUAACUUUGUAUGAUAUAUGGCGUAAUGAUCCAACUUAACCACAAAAUCUGCACUAUUUUAUAUAUUAGAAACGUAAGCAUGUUCUUGCUGAUUCUAGAUAGGCUAAAUGUGUUUAUAGUUGUACUAAAGGAACGGAAAUAAAUGACAGAUUUUUUUUUCUAGUGACGACAGUACAACGUUAGAAUUGUAGCAAAAUAGAUGUCUUCAACUUCCGAUUAAGUAUUUGUCAAACUAUGUUAUUUAAGUCUAUAUUAAUUUUGUAGAAUACUUGUGUCAGUAUUUACAUAAAUGUUAUGAAUUA